GAACACCAGCUGUUGUACAGCACCUGUGGAGCAGGCUGAUACUGCCACCUUGGGGAGGACUCUCUCCAUGUACUUUGAGGAGUCUUAGCAAGUGUCAGAUAAAUCAGUUUGAUUUUUUCCAUCUUAUCCUCCCAGGAAGACAACUUCUUAAAAUCCUCUGCCCAUACUGUUGUAAGACCUUCCAGAUGUGUCCCAACUCAGGCUGUAUUACAUUCAUAACAACACUGGAAAACAAUGAGUUUUUUAGCAGGGAAGUUUGGUUAGCCAACUUUUAGAUAUCAUUUAAACAGUGCCUCAUUUACAUUGCUCUUAAUUUUACAGCCAUCUUGCCAGCAUAAAGCUCUGCUCUGCACCCACCUGGGCAAGCUGUAUUUUGCAUACAACACUCCUCUGCUUCUGGGAUUCUAGUUUUCUUGGUAGUCUAAAUCCUUGUCCAUGCACAGCUUGCUUAACCUCCUUGGCAGGCUGAUGGCUCAGGGGGAUGUGACUGCUAGGACAUAUACUGCCUCAGAUGUCAUGAGAGGGAUUACUGUGCAUAGGAACAAUCUGAUGAAAAGUACAAAGCUAGACUGUGACAAUUCAACCAAAGUCAAUACUUCUAGGCAACUUAAAGGAAGAACGUGGAUUUUAUCUUCAUGAUACUCAUAGUUUUAUGAGACUGACCUACCCUUUUGCUUUGCAAGUGUCAUCCCAAUCCGCUCUUAUUUGAGUCUGUACCCAGUAGCAAAUGAAGGGACCUUGCUAACACUUUAUAUAUAAAUAUGCCUUGAGACACAAAGGUUGUGCAUGGCACUGAGCCGCUAGGCUUUCCACAGUGCCUCAGCUACACAUACAAGAAAAGAUUUAAUGUCUCACCUCUCACCACAAUAGGCAGGCUUGAGAGCAGGGAGCUGUCUGAAAGCAAGUAAUUUGUCUAUGUGCUCUUAAAAAGAGAGUGCAAUGAAAUUAUUACACGGCCACCUACAGCCAAGUAACACAAACUAUGAACUCAUUCGUGGUGAAUAAUAUGAACUUAAGUGAGGAAGCUGUGAAUGCACCAUUAGCUCCUACCUUCUGCCAAAGCACUGGCUGCACUUCUGGCACCACAGCAGGAGACGGACUUCUAGAGGCACUGAAAUCUCAACUCCACUGCUGUGGCACACGGGAACAGCCUUGGUAGUGUGGUAAAACAGUACUUACAGGCUCCCUCAGAGAGCUAUGUUUUGGAUGACAACGUCCCCAGCAGGAUUGUGCUCUGGAAAGCACCUUGUUUUCCUCCCAAUAGACAGCCUACAUACCAGAUUCUUGUUCUCACUGUAAUGACUCAUAUCUUAAUACCCUUGGAGUAAACAUGUGUGUCCACCCACCGGGGAUUUACAGUCAGAUGUGGCUUAUCUAAACCUUUCCUUGUGAACAGACAAGAAGGGCUCACUCCACUCUUUCAUUCCACUACUAAAAACUAGUCAUUAAAGCACAAAUUUAUAUUUAUUUUCCACUAAGGCAUAAGAGUUCAAAUCAGUUACUUUCCCACUUGUGGGCAACUGUCUAAAAAGUGACAGGUCUUUUCUGGACAAUCUCUUUAUCCCUGGUUUUAAUACUACUAUAACAUGGCAAAGAAUUACGCUUGCAAGAGAAAUGUAUCAAGCUAUCAAGCCAACAGCUAAUGCACAUGACUCAGUGGUGCAAGCCUUCAGUUUGCCUCCUGAUUCACAAAUAAUUUCUACAUUUUAAUCCAUUUUUUCAUCACCUAAAUCCAUCUUUGUCGGGCAAACUGCUUUACAUCUGUAUAUGGUAUAUACUGUGCUUUAAAAAUAUUGCAAUUAUUAAUUCAUUGCAGUAAUAAGAGAAAAUGCAUAUGCUCUUCACAUGCAUAUAUGAACACACGUUCAAGAACACGCAACAAAGUAAUCCCAGUACCUCCAUUAUCACUCUCACACUUAACUGCUGGUAGAACUCAAGUCACUUUCAAAAAUACCAGCUUCAUGCAAUCACUAAAGUGAUUGCAAAAACUGUACCUGAACUAAGCUGCAAAAAUUCAGCAGUGCCAAUUACUGACCAAACAUAUCAAAUUGAAUGAGGAUCUAUCAGUAACAGAUUAACGUGUACAUAACAGUGUCAGUGUGGUACGUUGCUGCUGUUAGUUCCAAAGUUCACAUACGAAUGUAUUUUUACACUACAUGUGAUUUAUGAAUAAAUUCUGAAUGAGAGUGGAAUUUAAGGGAAAAUAAGUGACAUAAUAUGAAAUUAAUCUAAGUCUUUAUGCACAGACUACUUACAGGAAAAAACCAAAACAAAUCCUUGAUCAUGAUCUAAGAGGAAUGCACAAAUGUGUGCCUACUAUGUCAUAUUACUAUGCUACAGAGAAAGAAUACAAUGCACAUCUAGACAAUGGAUAACUGAUGACAACCAUUUCAAAAGGUGUCUUUUUAAAAAGGUAUUCUUUUCUUUUUUUUUUAAAAGGCAAUUAAUCAUUGAAAAAUCCACAAAAACCUCACUGUGAAUUCAGUUUGGAACAUCAUCAUGUACAGCAUUAGAGCAUUUAACGUUGCCUGUAACAAAAUCAGCAUGUUGAUAGCUCUUGCAUAUCUGGCCUUGUACUGAAGUUAUUUCAAGAUUGAUUUGGGCAUGGAUUUAAUAUGAGGGAGAAAGCUUGAACUACACGUGCAAGAAUCUAAACCCAGUAAUCACAGGAAAUCCCAUUCUACAAUUGUCUAUGAUCUCUCUGAGUACCAACAUAGUAUCUUUCUUAAAAAAAGAAAAAAAAAAAUCUUCCUGAAGUUUAGGUGUCACUGAUAAAUUAAAAUCAACUACUUACCUGGCAAUACAGUUUUCCAUCUGAAACACCUCUGAUUUUAUUUAAUCAGCCAGUAUUCCUGUUGGACAAUUAACAUGCACCAAACCCCCUUAAAAUACUGGACUAUAGAAAAGCACAAAGAAAAUGAGAGAGCUCAGAACACAUCUUUCAUCAGCUGCUGCUCAUCUGUUCUCUGCUGUGAAGAAGUGUUCCUUUAAGAGCUACUUCUCCCUAUCCAUUUUUUUCCCUGAAACAUGGUCACUUAACAGCAGCACAUAUUUUCCACCAUUCUCUUCUUCCUUAGUUUUCCUCCUUUUCAUAACCUACUCUCCUUGCAUGUCAAUAUUGUCUUGCACUGUUGUUUCCCAACUCCUCCCUUCUGUGUUGCCUGUCCUUAGUUUUAUCUGCUUUACUUGUUUCUAUAACUCUUCUCACACCUGAUUCUUUCCCAGCUCCUCAGUUGUGCCAGUGUAGGAGCACAGCCUGUUACGUUGCUCUUGUAGCUGUGACACCUUCCAUGGGGUCUUGUUAUUUCUAAGCAGCAGACUGGGAAGGACAGCAAAGAUCUGUCCUCGGAUCAGAGGUGUAUGUGCUGUACUGAAUGUGUCUACACCACACCUCCUCUUAAAACGUUUUAGGCAGGGAAGGACACUCAAAAGACAUCAAAUUUGUAAAUUUUUGCUGGAUUUUUAAAGUUACCUGAAACUGUUCAUGUUAUUUGUUCUUCACUUUGUCCAGAAACCUGUCACUAAAGCAUAGACAAUGACAGAGAGCAAUGAGAUGACCACCAACUUUGUUGUCUUUGGAAGAACUCAAACUGGCAAAAGUGCUACUGGGAACAGCCUGCUGGGCAGCUCAGACUUUGAGAGUCAUUGCUCCCAAAGCUCUGUGACUACAUGCUGCAGCCUUGGACACAGCUGCUGCAUUUUGGGGAUUAUAUUAUGAAAUGGCUAUAAAGUUCUCCACAUCUGAGCACUUGACACUCCAAGCUACCCUCACAGCAGUCUGAGCAAAGGGCAGGUGACAGACACCGUGACAUCAGCCUUGCUGCCCCACUUCAGGGAGGAAGCCCUGCAUCUAUCUCUCUUGGUCCUGAGGGCUGAUUUGCUUCUGUGUCUGGAUGAAAGUGAUCACACAAUUCAGUUCAUCCAGCAACUUCUGGAUCCCACAUGGAAGGAUUUCACUGCAGCUCUACUUACUCAUGCAGACAAGGCAGAAGAGACUGAAUUCAGUGAGGAAACGUACUUGCACACUGCCUCAGGUAUUCUGUUGUCACUUUUGUGAUCAGUACAGCACAAAUAUAUUUUCCUAGACAACCAGAAGAGCAUAAUAGAGGAAAGAGCUAUUGUCUUAAGAAAGCUCUUGAAUUUUAUAAGACAUAAUUAUCAUGUGCUUUUACUUAAACACAGCAAGGAAUAAAAUUAGUUUUCAGGUGCUCAUUUGUCCGUUUUCUAUGGUAAGUAACAUUUAAUAGAAAUAAAAGAGUAGAAGCCAUUGACUGGAAAAAAUCCAUAUCAAAUACCUUUGAACACACAGUUAGAUAUAUCUCUUUAGAUUGCCAAACUACUUGCCUUUCAUAGAGUACCUCACACGGCUGCAUCCAGAAUCCUAGCUUCAACCACAAAAUCAGAACAAGCUAGUGCUCUAAAUCACACUCCUAACACGUAUGUAGUCACAAAUGAGAUUUUAUGCUACACCAGAUUGUAUAUUGCAGUUCAUAGAAAACACACAUCUGGAAGAAAAAAAAAGUAAAAAAGGCUUGAGUUCAGACUGUAAAGGAGGCUCUUUGCUCAAUUCUUCAAACUUUCAGUUGUUUCUCUGAAUUCUGAAGUUUGAAAAGAGCUUUCCAGUAUUAAAAACUAAGAUUUAUCUACUGUAAAUGUAUGUCCUUACCUUGAUUCAAAAUUAGUUAGAAUUGAGAUUUUGAACUUCAAGAAUUUUGUUUAAUAAUGCAUUACUGGAUAUGUAGUUUCCAAGGCAGAUAAAAUAGCUCCCAUGUGCUUAACACUAUUUGGCACAUUUAAAAGAACUAAUUGCUAUUGCUUAUUUCCAGAUACAUAAAAAUUUAACAGCUUAUAGGCACAUACAAAACUGAUUCAAAAAAAGAAAUCUGCUCAUCUCAUGUUUUGUGCCUGUUCCUUUUGGUUUUUUUUGUUAUUGUCAUUUUGUUUUCUCUGUUUAUUGGAUGACAUUCAAAGCCUGCAAAAAAAAAAAAGGCUAAAUUUUUUUCAUUUCAGUGGUUAAAAAAGCACUUACUGUUUCAGUGGUUAGAAAGUAACUAGUUAAAUAAUAUAUGUCAAAUAUCUGAAGUAUCUCUAAAUAGUUACUUAAAAGGUUUAUUGUAAAUUUAUCUAAAAAAAGUUAUUUUCAGGUUAUUAAAAGGCAGGAAUUAAAAUAAGUAAUCUGAGGCUAUUACCAUAACAACCAUGACUACUUGUACUACAUUAUUAUGGAAUAACUCUAAUUGUAAAAACUGAAGAACCUGUAUCUGUUAAAACCAAAACAACUUUUGUAUACAAUAUCACUGCAUAAAAACACAUUAAUACCAAAAAAACCCCCAAACUUUUUAUACCUGUUUGGGCAUUGGAAAUGGUUUUUUUUGGUAGUAUUUGACUAGCUCUGGCAAUCUAUUUCCUAUUCACUCUUAGUACUGUCUAUCACUUGGAAGGAAAUACCUAGGUGGACUAGAUGUAGAAGUAUUUCAGCAAAGUGACAGCUUUAAUCUUAUUGACAUUGUAACAGAUUAACUGUGGGACAUGAAAGUAUGUCCAUUUGUAUAUGUUAGAGCACAGGCCACAGUUUAAUCUUCCCAUUACUGUAGUCUGCAGACUAUUGAGACAGCACAGCCAAGAACAAAGCUGCAGAGGCUUACAAUAUA